GGUAACUAAGACCGUUGUCCGUUGUAUUUUCACCGCCUAGCAGCAUUAGUCGGUAGGUUGAGUGAAAGGUCACCGCCGGUAGCCUUUCCUUCCGUUUUUGACGCUCACGGAGGACAAUUAAACGGUUCACGUUUAACGUGUGUUGCCACCGUGCUCUACACGUGACCGAGCCACAGGGGAGGGGCGGUGUGUCUCGUGUGUUUCACCGUGGAGGAACACCGAGUCCUGCUUUAACGUGUCUGAUCUGAGCAGCAACAAGCAGCGACCACCACACCGACACACCGAGACACCGAGAGGAGACACCGAGACAACAACACGGUUACGAGCUUGUUUAUACCUCAGCUUUGAAAGACAGCGUUGUUGGAACAGCGUCGAGGUCAAAUUGCAGUGAGAGCUUGUCGAGCCAUGGACAUUGUCCGUACAACAGGAAAGACGAUGAGCACCAAGAGGAAGGCAGAUAGUCACUCAAGGGCAGCAAACAGACCACGCAUCAUGAAGUCUGGAGGCUCCCGGCGGGCUGAUUCAGAGAGAGAUUCCGGAUUCUCAGAUGCAAGCUCGGAGCACAUGAGCACAAUGGACAACACCGACUCCGAGGAUUCACCCCGCCUUGUUGUACAGCAGGGACCGCAGACGAGUGUCCCGGGGCCCAAAUCCUCUCAGCUGGCGGUGGUGGGAGGCUCCUACUCUAGCCUCUCUCCCAUGAUCAUCAUGAACAACGUCCUCCUUAAGCAGCCGAGAGAUACUCCUCCUGCUCUGAAGCCCUGGGGGUUCAGUCCCACAGUGGAGGUGGUUCAGCCCGUGGUCCAGCAGCCUCAAGUGGUCUUCCUUCAGCCCGUGGUCUCUCGUCAAGCUUCCCGUGCCUCCAAAGAGGCCUCCUCUAGACACAGACGCCCUAAGAAGUAUCUUCCAAUCCUGAAAUCAUACCCCAAGAUUGCUCCACAUCCUGGAGACAGCUCCAGUUCCUCAGGGAGAGGAACUGCUUCCUCUUCUUCCUCCACCACCUCCUCAUCCUCUUCUUCUUACUCCUCCUCCUCCUCCUCUUCUGGGUCAGAGAGGGGUAGCAGUUUGACUUCCAACCACAGGGAACACCGUCAGAGAGAGAAGCAGAAAAGAAAGCUGUGCGGUGGUGCUAGUAACUCCGGCUCAACCACUCCCAGUCUUCCCGCUACCCCCGGCACCACGUCUCCUCUGCUCCAGAGACAACUCUCUCUCCCCACAACAGAAACCAGUGCCAGCAGUAGUCCUGCCAGGGAGAGGCCUUCAUCAGUCGUCAGCCAGGCAGACUUUUCCACCUCCCCGUCUGUUACUCACACCACUGGCCCCGUUCCCCAGGCGGUCACCCAGGAGAACAGCUCAUCGGGAGAAUAUAACUACAGUGACAAUGAUGCUGAUACAAAGAGGAUGCGCUUCUGCAACACUUACAACAUCCUGAGCAAAUCCGGCCUGCUGGACAUCGCUCUCCGCACCAAGGAGCUCCACAGGCAGAACCGACGCACCCAGAGCGACCUAGACCAGCUAAAAGAACACACAGACCUCUUCCUUCAGGCUCUGUGUAGAGGUGACGCCAGCAUCUGUGUUAAGCUGCAGGCCAGCCUUCAGGAGGAAGACAAAGAGAAAGAGAGCGAGAGAGCUGCUCCGACCAGUUUAAAGGCAGAUUAGACCUAGACUAGUGCUACACAGUAAUCCUUUAGACUGAGAUGGGGACAUGAAGACCAGGGUUGUGGGGGUUGGAGCGUGUAGAGACAGAUGGACAGAGAGUAAUGUGCUCUACAAUUCACCCCCCCAUCCCCAGACUCUCUCACACACAGACAGUGUGCUGUGGCCUACAUUUUGGCUGCCUUCAGGGCCCUGACACAUCAAGCCGACCAAUUAGUGCACCGAGACUUUUCGUUGCCUCGCGUCUUCUGUUGAAAGUUGAAGUUGAACUCAUCGUUAAGACGGUAGCCGGUGCCCAGCUGACCGCCAGCGUGCACACAUGCUCUGCACCUGUGUGAGAGGGGAAUAUUUUAGUCAGCUGUCUGUAUUUGUAAUCCAAGAAACAUCAUGGAAAGAGAAGCAAAGCAAAACUACACUACCAUUUUUUUGCAGCAGAAUUUGUGAAAAUAACUCAGAAUUCAUAAGAUUAUGAAUUGAGAAUAUCUGUAUAUCCCCUUUUAAAAAGUUCCAAUGGACAUUGUACACUGUGCUUCGCUGUACUCUGUUGUCAAGCCAGUGGCCUUUAGCUUGUGGAAAAAGAAAAAAACGAAGGUGAAAUACAGGAAGAAACCACACUAAAUCAGUGCGAUCUCACAUGCAAGGUCACUCAGACCUUUCUCUAAUUGCCUCCGUCACCGAUUCAACAAGCGUUUAUCAUCCAAGCAGCCGCAGAUGAGGUCGACUGGUGCCAGCAGUGAAGGACACGCUGCAAAGACUACGUGCAAUGGUCGGCCACUGACGUAAAGUGCUGCCCGGUCACCAGCUGGUGUGUUGGGGGACAUACGAUCAAACUAGGCCAGAGCCACAGCUCACUGUUCUGCCAUUCUGAGCCUGACUAGAUCUAUUCCACUGAAACUGCCUCUCUGCACAGUAAUCUUUUGCUCCUUGGCAAUAAAGACCCUGAGAGAUUUGGAUCCAAGGCAUGAAGCGGUGAACGAAUACAAAACUUUUUUUAAGAACUGAAAGCACAAUACAGGCUCCGAAUCACCCAAGACUGAAUAUUUAAACUUCAACAGUGCAUGACAAGAUGUUCUCAUCUUAAAACUGAACAACAUCAGCAUAAACUACUCAUUCUCUCUGACAACAGAAUGUCUCACUACAUUCAUUGAAUUAGGUUGACAUUUCUGUUGUUUCAACAGUUUUGCAUCAUUCAUGGUAGUUCUCUAAGCUGUGUUCCUCUGAUUACUGAUGAUGUGUUACAGUUAACAGUCAUAAGUGUGUACAUAAUCUAAAUUAUUUGAUGCAGCAGUUACAAGAUAAAAAUGUGAAAUUGAUGAUUAUGUCAGGAUUAAGGAAAUUGUUCUCAUGUCACAUAGAAUGUGUCCAGAGCCUCUUGCCAGUCAAAUAGACAACAAUGUGCCUAAAGUGUCUUUUUUUAGUUCCUGCUGCAUUUUCAGACUUGAUGUGAAAGAUUUGGCACGCCAUGUUGACGGUUUCAAGUUUAGCAUUCCCAUCAUGUUGAUGGCAGCUGUGAUACGGUGCAUACAGGCUGGAAGUAAAGCGCUAAACAGCCACGUUGAUGCUUUCCAAAUAACAUCAGUGUAAAGCGUGCUUCCUAAACAGUAGCUCAAUCAUAUUUAUCAGUAUCUUGUGCAUGGGUUCUAUCAUUUGUUUUUGAGUUUUUUUUUAUAUACUUAUGGAUGUAAUUUAAUGUGGCAAUAUUGACUUUUUCUGUUUUAAGUUCCUGUCUGUUUUCGCCUGUAUGAAAUAUUCAUUUUGUGAACCAUUUUUGAGUCCACUACGACAACCAUAAAGACAGUUAAUGAAAACCAGCUCAACUUUGAGCCUCAUUAAGUCCAGAGUUCAACAAUUACAUCAUACAAAUUAGGACCAGAUGUGAAGCUUUGUGAUGCUUAAUAUAUAAUUUUUUUAUAUGUUUAUAAGUUAUGGCCUUAACAUCCAAACCGAAUGCAUGGCACAGAACUUUGCAUUUGCACUAAAAUAAUCCGAGAGCAGCUCUGAAGCAUUAUCUGGGCAGAAUUUAACGGCAGCUAUGGUAGCCUCUCAGAGGAAGACUGCAAGUCUUUUCAAAAUUACUUGAAGUGCAUUAUGAUGCAUCAUAAGCAGCACACUACCGGUGUAUACAUACUAUUCCUAUAGGACAGCCAUGCAUAACAUUUACAUUGUCAGGUGUUUCUGUUUUUUUAACUGUUGGUAGUUUUCUCAGUAUUAAACACAUUUUGGAAUAA